AUGGUUGUCAAUUUCAAAACGAAAUUGUGUGCUGAUUACAAGGUUCGCUAUUGUUGUCCCACAAACAGCAUUGAAAAACCAACGACAAGAAAUGCCUGUGGUCGCCAAGCAAUUAAUCCAUCCAAUCAUCGCAUUGUUGGUGGCGUCGAAGCCACUGCUCAUUCUUGGCCGUGGAUUGUUUCUUUGCAAUCAGGAGGUCAUUUCUGUGGUGGUACGCUGAUUGAUAAUCGGCAUGUGCUCACAGCCGCACAUUGCAUACGCUCGACAAAUUUUCGAGUCAUUGCUGGCUUACAUAGACGAACUGAUGUCAACGGACCACGUUCACAAAAUCUUCGUGUUUUGCGCGUCUUCGUCCAUGAACAAUACAGUUCAAGAACUGAAGCCAACGAUAUUGCUUUGGUUCGUCUCGCGCAGCCAGUACAAUUCAAUAACUAUGUCAGUGCAAUCUGUUUACCCGGACCUAAUCCUCAAGAAUCUCAACGUGUCACAGUGGCUGGCUGGGGUGUUCUAUCAUCGAGUGGAAACGUCGCUUCUUCACUCCGUCAGGUCUCUGUCUCUGUAAUGAAUAAUCAAGCGGAAAAAGUUUAUGGGAAUAACUUCGAUGUACGACGACAGAUUGGUGCCGGUAUUCCGAACCUUGGAGGAAAGGAUAGUUGUCAAGGUGACAGUGGAGGUCCAUUGAUGUACAAUGCAAAUAAUCAGUGGUAUCUUUCUGGUGUGGUCAGUUUUGGAUAUGGUUGUGCCCUCUCAAAUUAUCCAGGUGUUUACACUCGUACUAGUGCUUAUCUUAAUUGGAUUCGGACUAAAAUUAAUACUGCUUGA